AUGCAACCAAAGUACCCCAGCGUGUACUCCUCCAGAAUUGAGGUGAACAAGAAGCGCGCAAUCAAAGAGCAUGCGGAGAACUUGAAAGUCGAGGCCGCGCAACAGGACCAACGGCGGAACCAGAUCACAUAUCUCAACACAGCAACAUCUCCGCUUCUACACCUUCCAGGGGAGAUCCGCAACAUGAUAUUUGCGCUGGCUCUUACCCAUCAUGACGUCUACAUAAUCGAUGGAGUUCUCACCAACGUUAAACAGCCAACCAACCUGGUCCGAGUCUGCCGUCAAAUCCACGCCGAGACCGCGCUCCUCCCAUACGCUCUCAACACAUUCAUCGUCACCAAACCCUCCUUAGGAUUUAUGCGCGAUGCUUUUACCAUCACCAGCUCUGGAGGACUGUUUUCAUUUCUCGAGGCUCGAACACCGGCUCAGAUUGGUGUCAUGACCAGUCUACCUGAUACCAAACCCAAGCUCAGCAUGUCGCUCCCCGAAGAGCAGCAGGAGGACAUCAGCUCCAGCAUGAACCCCGUCAAAGCGCAAGCAGAGAAGCUCGAGACCGAAGUGAAGUUGGAGUUCGAAGAGGAGCUCAAUCAUGAAGGCGAGCUCAAGAGUGAAGAGAAGUUGGCGAUUGAAGAAGAGCUCAGGAUCAAGGCCGCGGAACGAGAGCGACGACUGAACGAGAUUUCUCCGAAUAGCACCUACCUAAACGCAACAACCUCGCCUCUCCUCCUCCUCCCAGCCGAGAUCAGGAAUAUGAUCUAUGAGCUUGCUCUUUUUGAUUACGAAGGUAUCUGGAUUUUUAGCGGGUCUGCGCAGACCGACUAUAAACAUCCGAUCAACCUCCUCUGUGUGUGUCGCCAAACCCAAGCCGAGACAGCACUCCUCCCGUACGCACUCAAUUUGUUCUGGGUGUUCGACCCAGUCCCUCUCCAAUUUCUCAGGCGUCGAACACCGGCUCAGAUUGGGGCAAUGACGAAGGUGAGGGAAUUUUAUGUCGCUGGUGGUCAGAAGUCCGCAACUGAGUGGAUGAAGACUCCACUUAAAGCAUCGUAG